CGGCGACGAGGGUUUAAAGCAUCUCACUCGAUCUCGCCGCGACCGAGCGAUCCGCUGCCCGCUGACAACCAUGGCGACGCCGCCGUCACCGCCGCUCCUCCGCGUCGCUGCCCUCCUCCUCCUCGUGGUCGCCUCCGCCUCCACCGCGCGCGCCGAUCUCGUCAUCGCCAGGGCGGAUCGGAAGGUUGACUUGACUUCGCACAUCGUUCGUGUCCUGACUUCGCUCAAGGUUGAAAAUAGUGGACCGGAGGCUGUCUCUCAAAUUCUACUGGCGUUUCCCAAUGUCCAAGCAAAGAACUUGGCAGCUAUAAGAGCAUUUGGUACUGAGGGAAAGGUGAAGGGUCCGAGUACUGUCCUUCCGAUCGAAGUCGUUCAGCCUUCUGGAGUGCCCCCAGAACUUACAUUCUUCUCAACAUCUCUAUCCAAAGCUUUGGAGAAGGGGAAGACGCUCCACUUGGAUGUCUUGACUGUUUUUACGCACUCUGUCCAACCAUUCCCUGAAGAAAUCACACAAGCUGAAUCACAACUUGUUGUCUAUCAGGACACUGCUCAGUAUCUGUCCCCUUACCCUGUUAAGGUGCAGACACUCAGUAUCAGAUUGCCCGGUGGAAGAGUUGAAUCCUACACAAAGUACCCAAACACAAAGCUUGCAGAGUCAGAACUAAAAUAUGGACCAUAUGAAGAUCUUCCACCAUUUUCCUACUCCCCCAUGGUUGUACACUUUGAGAACAACAACCCUUUUGCAGUUGCAAAGGAAGUUAUAAGGGAGAUAGAGAUAUCUCACUGGGGAAAUGUACAGAUUACUGAACAUUACAACAUUGCUCAUGGUGGUGCCAAACUCAAGGGUGAAUUUUCCAGGAUUGAUUACCAAUCUAGACUGUACGUAAGAGGGGUUUCAUCUUUUAGGCAUCUUAUUGCUAGACUGCCUCCAAGGGCGCACUCUAUAUACUACAGAGAUGAAAUUGGUAACAUUUCGACAUCACAUUUAUGGAGUGAUUCUAAGAAGACCCAACUGGAAGUUGAGCCAAGGUUUCCUUUGUUUGGUGGCUGGCAAACAACAUUUACCAUUGGUUAUGGUUUACCUCUUCAAGACUUUGUUUUCAAUUCUGAUGGGAAGAGGUUCCUUAAUAUCACCUUUGGUUCUCCAAUGGAGGAGAUUAUUAUAGAAAAGCUUGUUGUGAAGGUUGUUCUGCCUGAAGGAUCAAAGGAUAUUGAUGUUUCAGUUCCAUUUCCAACAAAGCAAGGGCAAGAGGUGAAGUAUUCACACCUUGAUAUUGCUGGAAGGCCAGUGGUUGUCUUGGAGAAGCCUGAUGUUAUUCCAGAGCAUAAUCUAUAUUUCCAGGUGUACUACAGGUUCAAUAACAUCUCUCUACUCAGGGAACCGAUGAUGUUGAUAACUGCCUUCUUUCUCUUCUUCAUGGCCUGUAUUGUUUAUAUGCGAACUGAUAUGUCAAUCUCUAAGAAUUCUCCUUCCUAUCUGGCAAAAGUGCAGUGGGAUGAGGUGCAGAGCAUUAUCCAGCAAAUCCAGGCUAUCUUUGACCAAUCUAUAGCAGUUCAUGAUAAACUGGAGGCUUCAUUGCGCGAUUUAUCUAGGUCAGGAGAUGUUCAAUCUUGCAAAGCAGCUCGUAAGGCAGCUGAUGCCCAGUUUAAGGAAUUAGCAAAAGAGUUGAAGCCAUUGUUGACAUCCCUCCAGUCAUCCCCUCAGUCUUACCAGAUAUGGCCAAAGGUGGAGGAAUUGGUUGCAAAGGAGAGAGAGUUGCAGGAUAAACUCAUGACAAGGCAUUCCACUGUGGUUGACAGCUUUGAGAAGAAGCUGCGAGGGCAAGAUGUGGAGAACAGGAUUGCUACCCAGCAGCAGGAAGUUGCUGCCCUGAGGCAAGAGGUCGAAUCUCUUUUAGAGUACAUCAGUGAGAUAUGAGUAGAUACGGCGCUGCAUCGCAUAUCAUUUAGCAAUUAGUCUGGAGCAGCUAAUUUCAUAUCGUGUUGGUGAAUUUGAUAUGUUCGAAUCAAAUACUCCUAGAUUUUCUGUCGAUAACCCGUGUUGGCUGUUCUGGCUGAAUUUCAAAUGCCCAUGUAGCAUGACAGUAACCGCCCUGAAACUGAUUGAAAUUUUGCACUUGAUAGCAAAACACGCAGAACCUUCAUCUU